AUGUCGAACGUCGAGCUCUCGGUCUUCCAAUUGGAAGCCAAUCGAAAUUAUGAGACCGAAAUCUACGGCGUCCCCAAAGGCUCCACCAUUCGCUUCACUUUGGGACCUUCGCUUUACGGCCACGAUGUCUCGCUUUUCAUCAAUAACCCACCAAAGGAUGACGUUCCUUUCGUGCGAACAUCAUACCGCCGAUUGGAUUGGGACUUCCAUUCCGCCAAAUACGCUGACGAGGGCAACGCUUUCGUCGAUUGCAAGUUUUCCUCGUCAGGAACUUUCAGAUUCUACAUAAGCCUCGACGAUAGCAAAGAAGAAAGCUCAUCAGGCUACAUCUUGGUGAAUCCCCGGCUGACAUUACAAGGGAAUCCUCUGCCGCUGGACGGCAUCCAGUGCCAAACGGUCCUCUCGAAGUGUUUAGGACCCUUUGAAGACUGGGAGAAGAGAAUCGCUGUUUCGGCUGCGGCCGGAUACAACAUGGUCCAUUUCACGCCACUUCAGGCUCUGGGCGGAUCAAACUCCGCGUAUUCUCUCAGAGACCACAUGGCGCUCAACGAAGCCUUCAGGUCGCAUGACUUGACUCCGACGUUCGAGGAUGUGAAACGCUUCACUCGACUGAUGGAGACAGAUUUUAAGCUACUCUCCCUGACUGACAUCGUGCUCAACCACACGUCAAACGAAACCCCGUGGCUCCGUGAGCAUCCAGAAUGCUCCUUCAACGCCCUGAAUUCACCACAUUUGAGGCCGGCCAUGCUCCUGGACCAAGAGAUCUACCUUUUGUCGAUGCGAGCGAUGAGAGGAGAAACCCAAUCAGUCGGUAUCCCGACUCAUAUAACUCAAGAAUGGCAUGUUCAGGCUGUUGAAAACCAACUCCGACACGUCAUAGUGCCUGGACUCAGACUCCACGAGUUCUACAUCGCGGACAUUGACGGUCUUGUUAAGAAAUUCGAGGAGUGUCCGCAAGCGGCGGCGACAUCGAAUUCGCACACUGUGUCGAUGUUCCAGACAUAUACGCGAUUCGGUGCCAAAUGCGACAUCACCGAAGCUCGGAGAACCUUCCGGAAUUCUGCAGAUUUCCGGAGCUUCCUCGAGAUGUUCAAUUCAAAAGAACUUCGGAGAUCGCAAGAUCAUCUGAACAACGCCGUCGAAAACGUUGUCAAAGGACUGCGUUAUAGCAAAGUUGAACCUUGGGGCCCGAAAGAACAUGAGAUCACGAAGAAUUCGCCCCUCAUUGUGAGAUAUUUCCUACCGAACAACGACUCACUUUCGGACGAAAUCAGCGCCGCGGAAAUGGAAGCCUGCUUUCAAAAUGAGAAAGGGGCUUACAUCAUGGCUCAUAACGGCUGGGUCAUGGGCGACAAUCCGCUUCGCAACUUCGCCCUCGAAGGCUCGAUGGUUUAUCUCCGCCGCGAGCUCAUUGCGUGGGGCGAUUGUUGUAAACUAAGAUACGGCGAAAGUCCAGCCGACUGUCCCUUCCUGUGGGACUACAUGAAGAAUUACGUUCAGAGCAGCGCCGAAAUCUUUCACGGUCUUCGUCUGGACAAUUGUCACAGCACGCCGAUUCAUGUCGCAGAGUAUCUUCUUGACGCCGCUCGUUCGGUCCGCAACGACCUCUACGUAAUCGCAGAGCUGUUUACGUCGUCAGAAGCCGUCGACCAUAUAUUUGUCAAUCGUUUGGGAAUAAACUCGCUCAUCCGAGAGGCUUUGCAAGCGAGUGAUUCCGAUGACCUGGGAAGACUUGUUCACCGAUAUGGAGGGAUUCCAGUUGGGAGUUUCUUCCAUCCUCAAGGUUUCGCUCCUCUUAUGCCGAGCGUCGCCCACGCCAUUCUCUUGGACAUGACGCACGACAAUCCGUCUCCGUACGAAAUCAGGAGCAUAUACGAUUUCCUGCCGAGCGCCGCGUUGGUCUCGAUGGCGGCGUGUGCUACGGGCAGCAGUCGUGGAUACGACGAACUGGUUCCACAUCACAUUCACGUCGUUCAUGAAGAUCGUCCAUUCCAAAGCCUCGAUGAAGCAAAAGAUCGAGGCAUCAUGGAAGCCAAAAAAAUUCUCAACGAUCUUCAUCAUCAGCUGGGUCUUGAGGGUUUCACUGAGGUCUACGUUGAUCGUCUCGAUGCCGACACCGUGUCCGUGACCAGGCGCUGUUCCCUCACCGACGAAUCGGUGAUUUUGGUGGCACGCACAUCAUUCCGCAACCCUCGAGACCCGAAGGAAAUCGCCCACCUGAAACCUCUUCAAGUUGCCGGUCAAAUUCGAAGCGUCAUCAUCGACGCUAGGCUCGUGAAGAAAUGGAGCAUCAACAACGGAUUCGCAAGGAACUCGACUGUCAUUAACGGAAUCGAGGAGUUCGAAUGUGCAGUGAAGUCAAAUAUUCCUCUGUCCGAGUGUUCCACAGUCCGAGUGGAGGAAUUCGAUGAGGGAGACAGAUGUGAAAUCCAUUUCGUUGAUCUUACACCCGGUUCAGUUGUGGCCUUCAGGGUGGGAGUGGGCCGUUCAGCGAGAUCCUUCAUGGAGAACGCUCGGACCCUCUUGAAACCUUUCGGAUACUUCGGAGGUGUUCCACAAGUUCCUCAGUCGAUCCGAGCUUGCAUCGACAGACUGGACCUGGACGACCUGAACCGGAUCCUCUUUCGUAGCGAUCAGGAGGAGAAAUCCGAUGGUCUGGGCUUUGGAGCCUACAACCUCAACAACGUUGGCCCAAUGAACUAUUGUGGUUUGCAAGGCGUCAUGACCCAUCUGAUGCACAUACGCCCGAGGAACGACCUUGGCCACCCGCUAUGCUCAAACAUCCGUGAAGGCGACUGGUUGAUCGAUUACAUGGUCAACCGGCUCCGCCCCCACAAAUCAUGCAAUGAAUUCGCCUCCCUGCUCGAAGAGAUGCUCAGACCGGUCAAGAAUAUCCCUCAUUAUCUAAAACCGUGUUAUUUCGAUGCGGUGGUCACGGCGCUAUACAAUCAGCUCCUCGAAGCGAUUUGGCGCAAAAUGUCGAGCUUCGUUUCUCGCGGAUCGAACUUCGUUCGGCAAAUUUCAUUAGCGUCAGUGAUUCUGACGGGAUUCGUCUGCGAUUCGCCGUUGCCGCCUCUCAGCUCGGAACUCGACCCGCCGGCGCCCCUCAAACUCGAUAUUCACUCUUCUGAUAUCUCUGAGGAAUGCCCGACGCUCGCGGCUGGCCUGCCGCAUUUCUCGACGGGCUACAUGCGAAACUGGGGUCGAGACACCUUCAUUUCUUUGCGGGGUCUGCUUCUCUUGACCGGCAGGUUCUCGGAAGCUCGGUCGAUAAUUCUUGGCUUCGCCGGAACCUUGCGACACGGUCUGAUACCGAACCUCUUGGAUCGCGGGACCAACAGUCGAUACAACUGCCGCGACGCUGUUUGGUUCUGGCUGGAGUGUAUCAAGCAAUACGCCCAGAUCGUGCCACAGGGAGAACUGAUUCUCCGAGACCCAGUUUCAAGGCUCUACCCGCAAGACGAUAGCGAAGCACUCCCCGUUGAUUCUGUGGUGAUGCCUCUGUACGACGUCAUCCAGGAAGCGCUCCAGAAACAUUGGUCAGGGACCAGUUUCCGGGAGAGAAAUGCGGGUACGAGGAUCGACUCCCAAAUGAAAGACCCAGGUUUCAACGUCAGUUUCGGCGUCGACCACACGACGGGCUUUGUUUUCGGGGGAAACGAAUUCAACUGCGGCACGUGGAUGGACAAGAUGGGCAGCGUUCCCGGCAAAAACCAGGGAAUCCCAGCUUCGCCCCGUGACGGUUCCGCCGUCGAGCUCGUCGGGCUCUGCAAGUCAGUAAUCUCAUGGCUCCACGAGAAGCAUGCGGAAGGCAUCUACCCCUAUGCCUCGGUAGAGCUCGAAGGAUCAGAAACGACCUUCGCAGAGUGGUCAACCCGGAUUCAGACUCAUUUUGAAUCCUGCUUCUUCGUUCCCGAAGAAGGUGCCGGGGCUUUCGAUCAGAGGCCGGACCUCAUAAACCGACGUGGAAUUUAUAAAGACACGUUCGGAUCGAGGCAGCCUUGGGCGGACUAUCAGUUCCGCCCGAACUUCACCAUUGCCAUGGUCGUGGCACCCGAGCUUUUCGAUGUGCAACACGCACGGGGAGCUCUGUCGCUAGCCGACCGAGUACUCAGAGGACCCUUAGGCAUGCGGACGCUUGAUCCGAGGGAUAUGACCUACAACGGGAAUUAUAACAACAGCGACAGCGAUGCUGGCUUCAAUUAUCACAGAGGCCCGGAAUGGCUCUGGCCAACUGGAUACUUCCUCCGAGCGAAGCUGUCUUUCGCGACAGAUCCGCAGGCUGCCCGGAGUGAAAUUCGCCGGUGCCUGCAACCGCAUCUUGGGGCUCUUGAGAAUUCCCCGUGGAGGGGUUUGCCCGAGUUGACGAACCAAGACGGCGCUGAGUGUCACCACUCGUGCCCGAUUCAGGCCUGGAGCCACAGCUGUCUGUUAGAAGUGAUGCAUCAGCUCCAUGACUAA